AGGUUGGGGGAUUUUGGUUAAAAAUGUCUAAACUAAAAUUAAAACACUACCGGGAUCGUUUGUUUUUUUUUAAACUAAAGUAGUAGUCAUACAGGGACAUUAAUACUUUUCCUUAAAAACAGCAUUGUACUAAAACUGAAAUAAUUUUUUAAUCCCUUUAUUUUGUAUUAUGUCAACAGGAAAAUUAUGUCCAAAAUGUCUGACUUGGUCGCCAACAUGAACGGAACUUCAGCUUCUCUGUCUGUCGGAGAAGGAGUGAAGGGAGUGAUAGUGAAACAGGCAGAUCCAGAGGAAAUGAACGAAAUAUCUCUUGCUUUUGACACUCCAAAGCAAGAUAUGAAUAUCAUCGAUGACAGAGCGAAGCUGACGGGCUUCUCGAGGUUUGUCACCGUGUCAAAGGAAGCCUUUAACAGAGCUAAAGGAACGAACAACACGUCACCCUUUGCUGCUGUGCUGAAAUUCUUAAAUAUGAGUCAGGAUGAAAACAUCACCAUUUUGGGGAACGAGAUUUUAGCGGUGGACAUGGGAGUUCCUAUCCAGAAUCUUACAGACACAAUAAACAUCACACUAAACAAGUUCAAAUUUGAAGGGACUCCGGUUUGUAAUUCGUGGGACGGAGAAGGAGACAUGAACUGGACCACGGAUGGAUGUGACACCAUCGUCGACGGCAACAACAUCACUUGUCAGUGUACACAUUUGACUUUCUUCGCAAUUCUAAUGACGCCUCUGAAUGAAACCAUGUCCACCCUCUCCACCUACGACCUGAACACCCUCACCACCCUCACUCGAGUCGGUUGUGGCUUGUCCAUGUUCUUUCUUUGCGUCGUCCUCUUUAUGCACUUCCUAAUCAGGUAGAAAUAACAGGAGAGAAUCUUGUUUAUACUCUGCCGUGGCAUUCAAAUCCACAGAAAAAAGGCGACAAAUUGUGUGACUCUGUUCUGCAUAGACGUACGAGCCUCAUAAAGAGUCAAGCAGCUGAAAGGUCGCUCUGUGGUUUCUGUGUGACAGAAAAACCAGAGACGAGAGGCGAACAGCUCUCAUGCUGGUUUUUGAUGCAAAAAGGUUUAUUCAAAUGAGUUUUUAAGAACAGCAACAAUACUGUGGUGAAAGUCAAAGGUUCCUUUUAUUUGAGGUCAUGGUUGCAGUCAUGCUGCUUUUUUUCUGUUUGUGUACCGUU